AUGUUCUACUACUGCUGCUGCCGCCAGCAGUUUGUGGUGAUCCUCGUCUGCCUGCUCUACAUCCUGCUCGUGCUCGCCUUCUUCGUCAACGUUUUUAUCGCGGAUCGCAACAUGCACGCGAAUCUUAUGAUGAGGAACGGACGGCACGGGGUUCACGGCGGAGGUGGAGGAGUCCCUCCGCCAGCAGGCAUGCAUCCGGGUCACCACAAUCCGUACGACAUGCAUGGCUACAACCACUACAGCAACUACCAUCCGCAAGUGGAUUCCAAGCAGCAGCAGGAGUUGGCCAAGAAGACGCCGCAGCAGCAGGCCGAGCAGGACAUUUACUACUAUUUCAAUCAUGUAUUCAGGCGGCGACGGCGAUGAUGGGGAGUCACACGCCCCAACCAACAGCCCAAAAUUUAAAUCUUUAGUGCAUUAACUUAUACUGCAUCCACUACAUACAUAGAUAUAUAUAAACUAUAUAUAGCAAAGCAGCGGAUUAUGUAAAAAGAGAAGAGGGAAAUUAAUUAAUUAAUUUUAAAUUUAUUAGUAAUCCAACCAAGAACCAACAAUCCGAUAUCCAUCUUAUUAAAUAAACAAAGCCACAGCAGAGUUAUGAGAAAUCAGCCAGAGUGUCGAAUGUGUUUCAGCUAUGAAUCGGCUAAUAUAUGUCAGCGGAACAUAUAUCUGCACCGAUUCCAAUAAGAAAUCGAGCGACCAAGCUAACCCAGCCAAGUUUGCAUUUAUCUACAGCCCUUAAUAAAUCAAAUUUAUACAGAUAUUUAUUGAAAAAUAUACAAAACGUUAACCAACUAAUAGUACACUAUAGCUUACCAAUCAUAUACAAGUACGGAUAUCUAUAAACAAUUCGAUUAGCUAAAGUGCUUCAGCAUAACAUCUUGUGGAUAGCGAAAUCCCAAGGCAAAGGUUUUCUAAUUUAAUUAGAAGUUCUCAAAGUAAUUACUUACGGGGCAAUAGCGCUAACACAAAUUUCCCCCGAGUUUUCUUCGGCUUUUUGAAAGCUUUUCGCAUUAGCAAUCCACUUGGAUUCUGAUCGGGUCCUUAUCCCUACAAUUUUGUCAAUUUAUCUGUGUAAACGAGGAGGACAUGAAGGAUAUUGUUCUUGUUUUUUGUGGGGGAAAUUCAUGUUUUUAAUAUAUAUAUAUUUUUGUUAAGAGAAUAAUAAUUAUAUAUUGUUUGUUUCUAGUGUUAAAUUGAAGAAGGAAAAUAUGGUGGAGAUAUCGUUUCGUUUCACAAAAGAAAUCCUUGAAAGUGCCUUUAAUUUGCUAAAACGUGUUUUUUAGAUAAAACCAAUUUACUAGGCUUAUCAAUAAUGCAUUAAAGAAUCAAUAAAAAAAUAUACUUAUACUGUAACUUAUACAUUUUCAUACCAUACGCAAGCAAUGGAGAACGAAUUUCUAACGCAAGUAAUGAAGCAAUUUACAAACGACAACUAAAAAUAAUUUAAUAUGUGAUUGGAGGAUCGUUUUUCUAUGGCAAGUCAAGCUAUAUAAUGUAUUAUUAACUUAACUUACACCACACCCACACACACUCACACAUACAUAGCUAUAGACAGCAAUUAAUAACAAUUAUAUAGGCAUAAUGCAAUUGGAAAUGCUUCGAGUGGAAAGAAAUCACCUAACAAAUACUUGAAUUAAUCUAAUCUUAUCCUGAAAUAGAAGCAGCGCCAAAGGCUUCGUUUUGUGAACGUGUUACAAAUAAAAUAAAAAUUUAUGAAAAUUUA